AUGACGAAUCCCCACAGCUGGUGUUUGAAGCACGCUCUGCUGCUUUCUUCGGUCCUUCUUUGCAGUUUCGGCACGGUUCAAGCUGACAACCCUAUUGUUCAAACGUCCUACACUGCGGAUCCUGCUCCUCUGGUUGUCAACGACCGAGUCUAUCUUUUUACUGGCCACGACGAGGAUGGCUCAACAAACUUCGACAUGAGAGAGUGGCUUCUCUUCUCCUCGGCGGACAUGGUCAACUGGCAACAUCAUGGCAGCCCCAUGAAUAUCAGCACAUUUUCUUGGGCUAGUGCCAAUGCCUGGGCCGGCCAGGUCAUCGGCCGGAAUGGGAAGUACUACUUCUACGUUCCGGUGACCAGUCACGAGGGGCUCAUGUCCAUCGGCGUUGGUGUCAGCGACAGUGUCACUGGCCCAUUUGUCGAUGCUAUCGGUGGCCCUCUUCUCGCCAAUGGCCAAAUCGACCCGACCGUGUUCAUUGACGAUGACGGACAAGCCUACAUGUUCUGGGGCAACCCGGAUCUGUGGUAUGUCAAGCUCAACGAAGACAUGAUCUCAUACGGCGGCGAAAUUACAAAGGUCGAGCUUACGGUUGAUGGGUUCGGCGCUCGGAAUGACACUACAGGGCGUCCUACAGCCUUUGAAGAAGGUCCCUGGGCCUACAAACGAGGAGAUCUCUACUACAUGAUCUAUGCAGCUGUUUGUUGCCAGGAGGAUAUUCGUUACAGCACGGGACCUACCAUCACGGGGCCAUGGACUUAUCAAGGCAUUGUCAUGCCCUCGGAGGGCGGCAGCUUUACAAACCAUCCUGGUGUAGUUGAUUUCAGCGACAUCUCAUACUUCUUCUACCACAACGGCGCUUUACCAGGUGGAGGUGGGUUUACUCGAUCUGUUGCGGUCGAGAGCUUUCGCUACCUGUCCAAUGGAUCUAUCCCAGAGAUGAAGAUGACUACCGAAGGCCCGGCUCAAAGAAAGGGCGUAAACGCUUUUGAAAGACAAGAGGCAGAAUUGAUUGCUUGGUCUCAGGGCAUUGAAGUGGAAGUCUGCAGCGAAGGUGGUAUGGCUGUUGGCUUCAUCAACGAUGGCGACUACAUCAAAGUCAAGGGCGUCGAAUUCGGAAACGGAGCGGCAAAGUUUACUGCUAAUGUAUCAUCCGCAACCGCCGGUGGUCACAUUGAGAUACGCCUUGACAGCUUUGAUGGGACCCUCAUCGGCACGUGCGCUGUUACGGGCACUGGUGGAUGGCAAUCAUGGACGACCGUGACAUGCCCUAUCACCGGCGCUGAAGGUAGUCAUGAUCUCUACUUCAGCUUUACUGGAGAGGGAACCGACUAUCUGUUGAACUUUGACUGGUGGCAGUUUGAGUAA